CGUCCGUCCACCGUUUGGAUCUAUGGUUGUGUCGGUGGAUUUCGUGACGUUAACCUGGCGGCCCUGAAAACGUUGGACUGACCGUACGAUUUCGACUACCCUUCGUUGGGGCGCGAAUGUAAGACGCGAGUGUUUUUUAAUCAUCGUGGCCGCCGCUCAGGAAUACCACGGCUAGUUCGGGAACACUGCCAGGCUAAUGCCGUUGCUGCCAUCGCCGCCGCUACAGUCGCACGAGAACGAAACGAUGCGCGAGGAAGAAAUGCCUCGACGCUCUAAAGUAAAUUGUGUAACAUCGUGAAACCCGGUGGUCGUUACGUUGAGGAGAGAAAGAAAUACAGUUAGUAUUACUUCGACAUGAAGCUUGUUACUUGAGAACGGAUGGAAACGAAACGCAGGAUAUAAGGAGAAAGAUUAGCGAAAAAAAAAGAAAAGAAGAACCGAAUAGCAUAAACAUUGAAGUUUAGUUGUCCUCGCGGGUGCGACGGUCGACCUGAAUGUGCGUGUGAGUGCGCGAGCGUUGGUUUUCUGGUGGGCACGCAAAAACUGUGUAUUUCAACGUUCCACCAUCUUGAAAGUCAUCCAAUUUCUCUCUCCUGGCGGCGCUGGUUCAGUGCGCGGGAAACGUGCACAGUGCGUGCAUCGUACACGCACUGUGCUAGGUUAUGAGCGAAGGAAACCUCGCAUCGGGAGGAACUGCGAAAUAACGGUUCAUCGACAACACAAUAGGACAGCGAUGAAAGCGAGUUCGCUGAUAACUUUACAUCAUUGUGGGAGCGAUAACGAGCGCCGUAGUGGUAGCGGUAGCAGCACCAGCAACAGCAGCAGCGGCAGGGGCAGUAGUAACAGCAAUAUAUACGUCACUACCAGCUUAAACAGAUAUGACAAUGGUUCUAACGUCAACGGGAAAUCGCGAGUGGAAUAUAGUGUUAAAGUUGAGUGCGGGCCAAGCAGCAGUGAUGAGAUUUUGGGGCAGUCGCGUUUCUACGAGGUGUUCCCGCACUGAUUGCGAGUGCUAGUAGAGAAAGAGAAAGCGGGAGACAGAGAGAUAGAAGCCAAGACUCUCGUGGAGAGCAGGGCACCGAAAGAUAUGCGGAUCUUUGUGCGAACAGCUGAACCGGAAGUUGUGAGAACAAGCGGAGUGCAACGCGCUCCGCCUAAUCGGUGAUAGGGUCAGUCGGUUAAAAGAAGAUAAAAAUUGGCGUUCGCAGCGACGGCCACGCGGCAUCCUUUCGCGAUCACCUUUUUCACCCCCUCCCCCCUUCCCAUUUGGUUUCAUUUAACCUCGUUUCCCCGUCUUCUUCUUCAAACCGAAUCAAUCUUGUUUCUUUAUUUUCUAUUCUAUCGUCCGUGUUCGACCGUUGAACGUGUUUUCUUAAUCUCGUUUAGACGUUCGUAAACUCGUAUACUGUGACGCGUAAUUAAAACGUUGCUGGAAGGAUAAUGCGAACGAGAAUCUGUCGUACAGAAGCCGCGUCACAUUUCUACUUAAUAACGAAGGUACACCUUUCCUUAAACGCGCACGCAUAUCGAGACAGUUAUUUUUGUGAUAUUUGAAACGGUGAUUGUGAGGGUAUUUCUUAAAUAAUUUUUUUUUACAUCAAAAUUUACAAGCAUCGAGGUUCGUUUAUUUUGAGCGUUUCAAGCGUCGGUCAACAGUGGAUCAACGUUACCGUCAACGUAUUGACAUCUAUGCGCUGUUUACAUCUGAGAUUCAAAUUCCCUGCGACCCUGACAAUCAGUGUUGAUUUUUUUCCAUCGGUUAGAAGUCCCAACGACGUUAUUACUCGUGCCCCUUCGUACUUGUUCGUAUUCGGUCCGCGAGGUGGUCAACACCGAUUACUAACUUCAUGUUUCUCCGACUCUGAUCUGCAGAAAUCGUCGCUGGAGCAACAACGGGAAGAAAUUUGAAAAGUCAGUUUGAGUUGUGCGGUCAGUGUCGCGGUGACGGGUUGUGCAAACGAACGCAUGAAAGUGUACGUGUAAGGGGAUCGACGGCCAUCAAGGAAGCAACGAGACAUGAAGAUAUAAACAGUGUGAGAGCAGUGAAGUAAAAAGGAAAUGAUCAAGAAAAAAAAAGAGGUUUUAAAGUAAGCCCGUGGGAAGCAAAGUUCGUCGAUGUACAGUAAUGUUGUGGAUUAACGUGUACCGCAAAAGUUUUUAAAGUCGAUAUAGAAUUUAUACAUAGAUCGGUUGGUAUACUCACGUAUGUGCACGCGUACGUAUGUGUGCGUGAUCACGCGCGCACAUGUACGUGAUUUUCACUCGAGACUGAAGCGGUGAAUUAUUUUCGCGCGGAUCGACCACUCGUGGGGGAAAUUCGAGAUCCGGCUUACCUUCCAAAGCUGACGUCAUUACCGUACACAAUGCGCUAGGGGUGAUGGAGACAGUGGGCAAGCAAGUCCAGGUAGUGAGCGGACUGGGGGUGGGGGGUCCGGUGGGCCCUGUGGGUCCAGUGGGGGGAGAUUUGCAUCACCAUCAUCAUCCUCACCCCCACUCUCAUCCUCCACACCCACACGUCCACCCCCACGGUCAUCCUCAUGGGUCCCAUGGCCACUCACUCGUCGGCGUAACGUCGACCCCUGGUAGGGGUCAGGCACAACCACCGGUCUCGCAUAACCAACAUUUACCCGCGAGAUCUACUCCAGUACAGCUGCACAGGUCAGCGCAAAGUUACGUGAACAUCAAAAGCAGUAGUCCCGUGUCUCCAAGAACCGUAGGAGCGGGCGUAACGUACGUCCAGGGUGGUGCAGCUGCAUCUUCCGCGGCUGCGGCGGCGGCGGCGGCAGCGGCAGCAGGGACUGCUGGAAGUGGAUCUGCUGGAGGUCCUUCAAUCGGCGGAGGCGGCAGCGGCGGUGGCGGCAGUGGCGGCGGCGGCGGCGUUAGCAACGCUGGUGGCGGGAACAGCGGAACUGGAGUUGUCGGGGCUGGAGCUGGUGCUGGAGCCGUGUCGAACGUAGCACCACCCGGAAGUGGGAACAGCAGCGGCACCAGUAACAGUGCUGGUGCGGGGAGCAACAGUGGCGGGAACAGCGGCACGGUGACUGGUGCACCAGGAGGUUACGUUGCUGUACCCAUGGCUGGUGGUCUGCGGUACAUCCAUCCGUAUCCACCGACGCCAACGUCGGCGUCGGUGCCAGCCGUAGCCACGGUGGUCACCUCGGCCUCGUCGGCGCCAACUCCUGUACCAGUUCCAGCACCCGCUGCCGCGCCUGUAAAUCCACCCACAGUCAGUCAAACGCCACCACCAUCGCUCUCGGGAACUGCUUAUGCCGCAAGAGAUGCAUAUCGCAGCGCCACCACGAAUGUGAACGAGAGGAUCGCCAUCAGCGUGAGCAGUAGUCCUCUGUCGCAGAUAGGAGUUGGCGUUGGAGUAGUUACAGCCGAAUAUGCGAUGAAUAGCGGUAUAGGUAGUGGCAUGGUCGGUGGAAGAGGGGAUAGACCGAGGAUAUCUCUUUUACCACCUGCUUCGGUGACGCCGACACCUUCACCAACAGCGCCGGACUAUCAGCACGUGUCCAGUGGAAGAAAUUCACGAAUAGGCCUCUUACCCGUCGUCCAGCCGGAUCAGUAUUGCAGCCGAACGGCCGUUGAGAUGGCCAACCUGCAGGAGGCGGCGCCGCCCUUCAAGAAAAUACGGUUGGGUCAACCGACCCAGGUUCAACUGCAGUCCCAAUCGCAAUCUCGUUGUCAGAGUCUGUCGCCCGCUGACCCCUGCGGGAAACAAGACCACGUGGUGCAGUUGCAGCAACCACUUAGGAUAGACACUAGGCCAGCUGCAGGUGCGUACACGCCGCAAACAGAAGCGAUUUCGCCUACGCUCCCGGAACCAAAUACGCAGGAAGACGCGCAGUUUAGGAGUACCAAGGACGAUCUUCUGCAACAGAUUGCCAAGGUCGACAGAGAGAUCGCAAAGAGAGAGUCUCAAAUAAAUAAGCUUCGGAAAAAGUUGAAGGAAUUGGAGGAAACGGCGAACAAGCCUCUGGAAGCUAGCGGGCUUAAACGACAGGUUGAGGAACAAUCUCAGCAACCAAAGCAUCAGUCUCUGGCACAAAAAAUUUAUGCUGAUAAUAGGAGGAAAGCAGAAGAAGCUCAUAGACUCUUAGAGAGGCUGGGUCCAAAAGUAGAAUUACCUUUGUACAAUCAGCCGUCGGAUACAAGCGUGUACCAAGAAAAUCGUACAAAGCAUCAGACAUGUAUGAGAGCAAGGCUUAUAGCGAGGCUUCGACGUGAACACGCUGAACGCGCAUCUCUUCAUCGGCAACAGUCGCAAACGUACGCUAUUUUGGUACAGGAGUGGCAUCGUAAAGUAGAGAGAUUGGAAGCGACGCAAAAACGGAAGUCGAAAGAAGCGAAGAAUCGCGAGUUCUUCGAGAAAGUAUUUCCAGAAUUGCGGAAACAAAGAGAAGACAAGGAACGUUUUAACAGAGUCGGUGCUCGUAUCAAGAGUGAAGCUGAUCUAGAAGAAAUUAUGGACGGCCUUCAAGAGCAAGAGUUGGAAGAUAAGAAGAUGCGUUCGUAUGCGGUAAUACCUCCUUUGUUGUUGGAUACAAAACAGAGACGAAUUGCGUUUCAAAAUCGAAACGGUUUGCUCCAACCGGAAGAAUUCGACGCUCUUCACAGCGAACGGAAGUUAAUCAAUGUGUGGAGCACUGUGGAGCACGAAUUGUUCAAAGAGAAAUAUUUACAGCAUCCUAAGAACUUUGGAACGAUAGCUCAAUCGUUAGAACAUAAGUCCGUUCCAGAUUGUGUACAUCAUUACUACCUCACUAAAAAAGCAGAAAAUUAUAAGCAGCUAUUGCGGAAGUCGCGGCAACGAACACGUAGCUCUCGGAAUAAUCCUAACAAUAAAGUAAAUAAUACCAGUUCAAGUAUUGGACCUAUAGACAUUUUAACUACGGGUGUUACGACGAGGCUACAACGUGAGCAACAGCAGAAAACGCAAGAAAAUCCUCAGAAUAAUUCGGUGGCGACAACAACCACUACCACGACAACAACCACAACAACAUCGAGCGUACCGACAGUUGUUACGACAACAAUAGUGACCACUUCAACGACUCCUUUAAGUUCAACAACGUCGAGUAUAUCUUUAACAUCGACGGAAUCUGUAAUAACGUCAACGACUGCUACAACGACAUCCAUACUGAGCACUACGACGGCAUGUGUCACGCCGUCGUCAGCAACAACAAAUACCAAGGAUAUUAGGGAACCCAAUAAAGAAAAUAAAGUGGAACCUAAGAUAGAGUUUAUCAAAGUGGAGGUGAAGGAGGAGCCGCAAUUAAGUUCCGAAGGAGGCAAAGAUGUUGACGUAAUGAUCGACGGGAAGAGCACGUUGUCGUCGUCGUCGUCGUCGUCGUUGAACGCCAACGCGACAAACGCCACGGCGAUACAGUCGGAUUUCAAAGACUCUAAUAAAAAGAAGCCAAGUUGCAGAGAGGCAAAUAGUAGCAGCGUCGCUGGCGUCGGAGCUGCGAGCAGAAUAAAAGAGAAGAAGAAAGAUAAUCACGCCACUCCUAUGGAAACCAGCGACGAGGAGGCCCAAUCGAUGGACACCAUCGAAGGAAGCAGACAGAUUGGUCCCCACGAGUGUGCUGUUUGCCAAAGCAUCGUCGAAGGUAACACGCAAAGUCGAGCUCUGCCGCGGAGCCAAGCAUCUCAGUACGGUUUGCGAGAGGAUCAAAUCGCAUCCGGGGCGCGCGUGUGCAAUACCUGCAGGUGCAAAGCUGUUAGGGGACGGUUCACGGCGUGUCCGUUGCCGGGUUGUCCGAAUUUGAACAACGCCAACUCGAAAACGCGAGUGAAACGACUGCGAGCGUUGCCCGUAAAGUGGCUCGAUCUACCAGCGGAAAUUCGUGACCCGAUCAUACAAGAAUUUCAAAUACCGAGCAGCGCCACAAAAUGUUGCUCGGCUUGCUUCAACAGAAUAUCUCGGCGUUUAGCGCCUCACCUUACUGGAGGUACCGAAGUGUCAGAGGACACAGCAGAUUCUUUGGCUCGACAAUGGACAGACGAGGAAUUGGAACAGCUUAGAAGAGCUCUGCGAGAGCAUGGUACUAAUUGGGUGAAGGUUGCCGAGCAAAUACCAGGAAAGACAAACCAUCAGUGCAAGAUCUAUUAUUUUGCGUAUCGGAAAAGGCUGAGUCUGGAUCAAGUGGUUGCCGAAUAUUAUCAGUCUCUGGGCGAGGAGAGAAGACCUUGCUUGACAGACGAAGAAGAGAGUGGCAGUAGUACAAGUAGCUGCGACGAACUGGCUGUUCAUGAUUCAAGCGACACAGCCAGCGCAGGCAGUCCAGCGAAUAAUAUGACAAGUGGGGCACCGGGAACGCCAGGUGUUCCUGCAUCUACCACUUUACCUAUAUCUUUCUCGCGAUCAACAGAUCAAAAGCUUGGCGAGAAACUAUCAGAUAUCGCUGUGGUAUCUUUAGUACCGCCGGUGAGCCUUGGUUCAUCGCAACAGUCUUCCACCAGCGGAGGUAGUAAUGCUGCUUCGGGCGGCACUAGAGAAGAUUAUGAUAGUUCUGCCACGGAGACGGCGGACGAAGGUCAGGGUGGUGCCGAUUUAGAAAAUAGCAGCGUUGUUGUGACUUUGACUACUGCCAAUAAUUCAACGCCACUGCAACAACAACACCAGCAACCGCAUCAACAGGUCCCACCGCCAUCGCAUUCGCCGCCAUCAACUACAAACAAUUCCAAUCCCCUCACCGUUAAAGAUCUUAUGCUUGGUGUCAUCGAGAUGCAGUUAAAACGCAACCCCAACAGUCCAGCCGGAACUGGCGGUUCGUCGGUAUCCGUGAACUCUGGAACACCAACGAUAUCUAGUAUAUUAAAAACGGAUCAUCGGAACGACAUUACUUUUGUACGAGAAUACAAAUCGUCAGGUUCUAUGGCGAACACUACUAUGCCGAGGGAUUCAAAUCUGGCAACUUUAUCAGUCGUAUCGAGUCCUCAUCACGUGCACCGUUCUGCUCCUAGUCCGCAACAAAUUGGUCAAAUGCAAGCAACAAUUACUCCCUGUCCAGCGUCAGCAUCGAGCAGUCAAUCCUCGUCGUCGGAUUUGCUUCCGAAAGAAGGAUUGGUCGUCAUGCAGGUGCAACAAGCACUUCGAGAGAGCACCGAGGGCACGCUCGAUUUGAGCAUCAAAAAGCCAAGGCAGCAACAAGAAUAUAAUCAUUCCUUGCAAGCGCUUCACAAACCUCCGACGGUUACUCUAUAUCGGCCAGAACCACCUCCCGGUGCUUACUAUCAUCCUCACGCUCAUCCCGAACAAGGACGCGGCGCGAAGAGCCCGCUCGUGUACGUGUCAUCGCCGCGACCACAAGCACCCCUCACACCUAAAAUGAAUAAAGUUGCCGUACCACCGCCCCAUCCAAAACUAUCUCCUAAAUUAAGCGCUAUAGGGACAACUGGUCACAAAAGCGGCUCUAUUACGCAUGGUACACCCGUUCCUAGUGCUCGUUACGAAGGUCUUCUUAGGCAAAUGACACCACCUGGGAACCCUUGCAG